ACCAGUGCGCCACCUACCAAUCUAAUUAAAAUUUCAAGAUGUAAUGUCUCUAUGGCAGACAAACACAUUUUAGAUCUCUUUAGGAAUCAGACAUUUUAGUGUCUGAUGAUGGGGGUAGCCAGAACUAAAAACAGACUUCAAGAUAGUCACUUACCUUGUGAGGGUGAGGUUGUGACUGACAUGUGGAAAUACCAGUUGUCUCAGCUGUGUAGCGGUGCAAGAAAACAACACAGCCAAUCGUGAAGCGGGAGGCGUUAUCUAUUCUGAACGAAUGAAUGUGCUCUCCAUGCAUGCAUGUGUGUGGUUUGCUAGAACUUGUUCGCUAUCGUGAAUAACCUUUGUGUGUGCAUUCAAUUAGCUGGCUAUCCAGCUAGCUAAUUUCAAUUAUGCAGGCUGCUAUGGAGAUCACGGCUCGAUUCUGCCAUAAAGAGAUGGAAGAGUAUGGAGCCUGUGUAUCCUCUAACCCAUCAACAUGGCAGGAGAAGUGCCAAGAACUCAAACUUAAAGUGGCACAGUGUACAUCCUCACACCCAGUGAUUCAGAAGAUCCGAACCGACUGUGCUGGAGAGUUUAUGCAGUUUGAACGUUGCCUGCGAGAGAACCAGUCUUCCGCCCAGGCCUGCUCACCACAUGUGGCCCGCUUCGUAGUCUGUGCUGAGACAGUUGACAUUAGUGCAGUUGCAGAAGUACCUCAACCAUCAUAAGAGCUGCAAGCACAGCUUUAAAAAUGACUUCAGUGGUGUCCCCCAAAAACUGGUGCAUUUCAUGAACUGUUUUCUGUUCAACACUUCUGUAAUGUGACGACACCCACUGCAGAGCAUCUCAGCAUUCAUUCAAACAGCAGUUGUUUGCACAACCACAUUUACACUCUCUACAAUGAGCCAUGCAUUUGUUUAUUUUAUACUGACUGCUCUAAAAGUAUUGUUUUCAUAAAAUAAUGUGUCAGACCUUGCAAUAAAUGUAUUUUAUACAUAAAAAUAGUCAAAGUCAUGUUUGACUAAACAGUAUCUAAGCGUCAGAAUUGUACAAUACAUUUGUGACUUGAGAUCUUGGGGUCUCCAGGAGAUAACGACAGAUGGCCAGAUUACAAUUUCUUUAUGAUGUAGUUGUAAAGAGGAUGAAGACACAGUCUGGUUAACUUGUUCAGUCUAUGCGUGACUGCAUUCAAUGGGAUGCUAGAGUAAGCAUUGUCUUUGGUGGUCAUAGUUACAUGUCUCGAAGAAAUGUUUGGAGUUGUAGAUGUUGAUGUCAAAAUGGUAAUACUCUGUUUGCCUUACCUUUCAAGAUGAGUACAUAACAAUUCUGUACAUCCUCAUUAUAGGGGCUUUGGUCCUCUUGACUGACAAGAGGAGCACAUGUACACCAUCUUGAAAUGCUCUACUGCAAAUUCUGUCAUGUAUUCAUAAACA